AUGAGGUAUUACCGGGUUGGCUACAUGAACAUUGAGCAGGCCGAAAAAUUGUCCGAAGAACAGAUUGCUGAGUUCAAGGAGGCCUUCUCCCUCUUUGACAAGGACAGCGACGGAAAGAUCACCACCAAGGAAUUGGGCACGGUCAUGAGAUCGCUUGGUCAGAACCCUUCGGAAAGUGAAUUGACAGACAUGAUCAACGAGGUGGACAUCAACAGCGAUGGCUCCAUCGACUUCCCCGAGUUCUUGACCAUGAUGGCCAGAAAGAUGAAGGACACCGACUCUGAGGCCGAGAUCGCCGAGGCUUUCAAGGUCUUUGACAGAAACGGUGACGGCAAGAUCUCCGCCGCUGAGUUGAGACACGUGUUGACCUCCAUCGGUGAGAAGUUGUCCGACGCCGACGUCGACCAGAUGAUCAGAGAAGCUGACACCAACAACGACGGCGAGAUUGACAUCCAGGAGUUCACCCAGUUGUUGGCAGCCAAAUAA